AUGAAGACUAAAGUCAUCGCUGGUUUUCCAAACGACGCGGUUGACGAAGUUGAAAUCCACAAGGGUGUCAGAAAGAUUUUCGAUCCGGAGUAUGAAGAUUCCGAGGAAGAAGAUGCUCCAAUCGGUGACGAAGAUAAUGGCUUGAUUAACAGCCGAUCCGGCAGAGGUCACCAUGCUGAGACUCGCACCAUCACUGAUGAAACAGUCUCCGAAUUGACAGGAAACACAGGUGAUGAAUCUGACCCGGAAUUAGCGUCUCCGCCAAGAAAGAAAGGACGCUCUCAACGGGUGUCAAUUGAUGAACAAGCUACCGAAAUGGACGUGGAUGGAACGGACCCGAGCAUAUGUUCCCGACCCAGUGGAAAGCGGCUGCAUCCGGCGACAAGGUUUACUAAGCCUGCUACACAGGAGCCGGCAAAAUCGAGGCCUACAAUGAACGCUCCCGGAGCUAAACGGAAAUCCCAACGAACUUUGACGCUGGAAGAGCGCCUGGAUGAUUUGCGCAAUGUCGACCUGGACGGAAUGGAAGGCAGGGCUAUGUUGGUCGAGUUGGGCAUGGUCUACAAUUACUCAGGUCAGCAGGAUGGCAACCAAUCACAUGUGUCCAUUAUCCUGCAACAUAUUUUGGACACCUUGUCCGACACGUUCAGGAACACAGAAGAGACCUUUUGUAUACUACCACUUUCUGACAGGACGUAUAAGAACACGCAGAUGUGGAUUCGCAAUGAAGCCAACCUUCGGCGGCUGAUUCCUGACUACCGCGGGUUGUCACGAUACCUCAAUAUAUCUUUUGGCAACAUGUUGUACGCGUCUACGUUUUUAUCCUCAGGAGAUCAACAUUAA